AUGAGUGUCGUCGACGCUCUUCACACUCGCCUUGGCCUCCAGGGCUGGAGCUCCCCGCAUUUCACCAUUGGCGUCUCCGCCGUCUUCGUUUUUGCGCUGGUCGCCUCCGCCGUGCUCCUCUCCUUGCAGAAGGGCAAGCUCGACUUCAACAAGGGUCUGCUAUCGUACGUCAAGUUCGUGUAUUCGUGUUUCUUGAAGCCCCAUGAACGCGGCGACAACGGCGAAGCCGGCCAGCAAUAUGCCCUAGAGAGCUUCUACCGCGCCCAGGCCAGUGUGUACGAUGUCACUCGCAAGAAACUGCUCUGCGGUCGUGAGGAUAUGCUCGGUCUGUUAGCCGCCCAAUUGAAGCACCGGGAAGCGCAGCAUGAAAUGACCAAGCCUAUCUGGGUUGAUAUUGGUGGUGGUACUGGCUACAACAUCGAAGCUAUGAACCGCUUCCUACCUGUAGAUCAGUUCUUCUCUCACGUCUACCUCGUCGAUCUUUCUCCAUCGCUUCUUGAAGUGGCCCGCAAAAGAUUCGAGCGUCUAGGCUGGAAGAAUGUCUCCGUGGUGUGCCAGGAUGCGCGGCAAUUCCGUCUCAAUGGUACUGAUGGUGGCGCCGAUAUCGUAACCAUGAGCUAUAGCUUAUCAAUGAUUCCGGAUUAUUACAGCGUUGUCGACUCGUUGACAAAGCUCAUGAAGUCUAAUUCUAUUCUCGGUGUUGUGGACUUUUAUGUGCAAAACAUUGUCGAUGUCUCCUGCCGUAACUACACUGGUGGUGUUUUUAACAGACAUGUGAACUGGCUUGGCCGUGCUUUCUGGCGUACCUGGUUCGAUUUCGACCGUGUCAAUUUGGAUGCUGCUCGUAGAGACUAUCUAGAAUACAAGUUCGGCACAAUCAUCUCCGCAAGUGAACGAAACUAUCUUCUUGGAGGAAUUCCCUACUACACCUUCCUAGGAUGCCAAAAGGAUUUUACCUCGGAGAGCGCCAGCAUUGAAAAGCUCAAUGCCUCUUUCACCGAAUCGCCUUACUUGUCUGCCGCUAACCACCGCAAGGCCAUGAACGAGGCCAUUGAAAAUGCUACUCCUGAAAUCAAGUCCAAGGCAUACGAGUCAGCCGUAGUCAAUCUCAGCUCGAACCUUCCUCUUCCGUCAGCCUUUUACCAGAACCAUCAUUAUCGAAUCUACUACAACGACCAGCUGCCAAAGCACACCCAGUUCAACAAUGAGUAUAUCUAUGCAUUCAACUGGGAGGACCCUCGCGUCGAUCACCGUUUGUUGAACAUUAACAACGAGGAUGUCAUUCUCACCAUCACCAGCGCUGGUGACAACAUCCUGGAUUAUCUUCAGAACAGCCCUAAGCGCGUUCACGCAGUAGAUAUGAACCCUAACCAAAACCAUCUGCUCGAGUUGAAGGUUGCCGCGUUUUCUGCCUUGGGCUACAAGGAUGUGUGGAAAAUCUUCGGCGACGGAAAGCACUCAGAGUUCCGCGAGUUAUUAAUCAACAAACUCAGCCCCCAUCUCUCUAGCCAGGCUUUCCAAUUCUGGCUGGAGCAGGCUCAUGUCUUCACAUCUGCAUCUAACAAAGGUUUGUAUGAGACAGGUGGUUCACGAGUGGCUAUCAAGCUGGUCCGGUAUUUGUUAGCUGCCUUCGGUCUUAGUUCCGCAAACAAGAAGUUGUGUGAAGCCCAGACAUUGAACGAACAGCGAGAACUAUGGCCUACAAUUAGACGUGUUCUUCUCAGUAGAGUUCUCAACUGGGCUAUUGUCAAGACUGAAUGGUUUGCGUGGAAAGCUGCCGGUGUACCACCACCGCAACGCAACAUGAUCAUUGAAGACUUCCUGAAGCGGAAGGGCCUGAGCGGUGGAAUUAAGAAAAACAAGGACGUCAGUGGACGUGCUAUCUGGGAGUACGUGGUCGAUACGUUUGACCCUGUUGCCAAGGAUACCUUGAUUAGCAACGACAACUAUUUCUAUUAUCUCUGCCUUCAGGGCAAGUUUUCCAGAAGCUGCCACCCCACGUACUUGACACCCAAGGCCCAUGACAAGCUUUCUACCCCUGGCGCUUUUGAUGGUCUUCGUAUCCAUACUGAUGGUUUGAACGAAGUCAUUGCUCGCAUGACACCGCGUACAUUGACCAUCGCAGUUGUCAUGGACUCGAUGGACUGGUUCAAUCCUGUAGAAGACGCCGCGGCAAAACAAGCACAAGCCUUGAACCGUGCAUUGAAAAUCGGUGGCCGAGUCCUAUUGCGCUCUGCCAGCAUUGAUCCAUGGUAUAUCAAGGAUUUUGCCGACAACGGCUUCAGCCCUCGUCGGGUUGGUGCGCGUUUCCCCGGAUCUUGUAUUGACCGUGUGAAUAUGUACGCUUCGGCCUGGGUCAUCACAAAGACCUCAGACAUCGAUAAUCAAACACCUCGCGCAAAAGCGGACAGCUCCACCAGCGUUGACGUAGAGGAACUGUCUAUUUGA